AUGGCGGCAGUUGUCCUCUCUUUGUUAGCCUUGCUGGCUGCGCAGAGGAGUCUGGUGCAGUCCGUCGGCAUUCCUUAUGCUCGCGACGUAAACUCAACCAACCUCUCUUACAAUCCCCGUCCCGCCCCGGCAUACAUGGUUGACAACCAAGACAAUUAUUACCAUGUCGCACCUGACAAGGGAAAACACAAUGGCCCGGUAUGGAGCUACUCGGGAAGCCUUGAUGGUUAUCUGAGCAAUCUCCAGCGCGGCUACGUGCUCCGUGGUGGCUACGCCGGUUACAACGGCACCAGCAACGGCACCAGACAGACAAGCCUCACGUUUCCGACGCAGAAGCUACAAUCAUCGUCUGACUACUGGCUCUCGAAACUGGCACAGCUGGGAAGUCAACCACUCGCGGGCGGCAAAGACUACCAAUUCUUCCGCAAUGUCGUCGACGACUUUGGCGCCGAUAACAGCGGCAAGUCCGACACGGCUGAGGCGCUGAAUGCUGCCUCAGCCAGCUGGAACAAGGACUCCGUCGGCGGCAAGCAGACGCGCUGCGGCCAGCAGUGCGGCAACACUUUCUCGCAGGGCGCCAUCCUCUUCUUUCCGGGCGGCACCUACAAGAUCUGCUCGCCUGUCAUACAGUACUACUACACGCAGUUCGUCGGCGACCCCAACGACAUGCCCAUAAUCAAGGGCUGCGACAAAUUUGAGGGCAUCGCUUUAAUUGACGUGGACCCUUAUAUCCCUGGUGGCGCGGGCCAGCAGUGGUACAUCAACCAGAACCAGUUCUUCCGCCAGAUCCGAAACUUCCGCUUUGAUCUCACAGAUAUGCCCGAGUCGACAGAUGAGAACGACCAGAACUACGUGCCGACAGGCAUCCACUGGCAGGUGGCGCAGGCCACUUCGCUGCAGAACCUCGUCUUUGAUAUGCCGACGACCAGCAAGACCACUGCCGUGGGCAUUUUUACGGAGAACGGCAGCGGCGGAUUUGUCUCGGACCUCACCUUCAAUGGCGGCAACAUUGGCUGGCGUGCGGGCUCACAGCAGUACACGGCGCGCAGUCUGACGUUCAACAAGUGCAACACAGCCGUCCAGAUGGUUUGGGAUUGGGGCUGGAACUGGCAGGAUGUCACCGUCAAAGGCGGCUCCAUCGCGUUUAACAUCUCCGGUGUCGGAGGCAAGACCAGUCAGGGCAUCGGCAGCAUCUCCAUCAUCGAUUCUACUAUUAGCGGGGUUGGCGUCGGCGUCUUGACCAACAGCCUCGCGACAUCGCCAAACAUUGUGCUCGACAAUACCAAAUUUACUGAUGUCGGUACGGCGGUCAAGUCGACUGACGGAAGCACGCUUCUCUCUGGGGGCGCCGAUCUAUGGGCCACGGGCAAGCGAUACAAUGGCGACAAGGGAUCAGUUGAGACGGGAAUUGUAAAGGCCCCUGCACGCGGCAAAGGCCUCAACGGCGACGACGGCAAACUCUAUAUGCGCUCUCGUCCGCAGUACGAGAAAAAGUCCCCAAGCGACUUCUUAGUUGCAACCACAGAUGGCGGGUGCAAGAACGACGCCAGCGGUGACCAGGCAUCCUGCGUCAACGACUUCUUGCGCAGCGCUGUGGAUAAGGGCAAGAUUGCUUUCUUCCCAGCCGGCAUCUACGCAGUGGGAUCGACGGUGCACGUCCCGACCAACUCGGUGAUCCAAGGCUCGUCGUGGUCCCAGAUCAUGGGUUCAGGCUUUUACUUUAGCGACAUCACGAACCCCAAGGUCAUGGUGCAGGUUGGUAAUAAGGGCGAUAUCGGCACUAUGGAAAUCACCGAGAUGCUCUUCUCAGUGCGAGGUGCCACGGCGGGUGCCAUACUGAUGGAGUGGAAUGUCGCCGCCAAGUCGCAAGGCGCGGCGGCUAUGUGGGAUUCGCACUUUCGCGUCGGCGGCGCCCUGACCACGCAUCUCGACUUGGCCACUUGUCCACGCUUCAGCAACAACGCCGCGUGCAUCGCCGCGUCGCUACUAUUUCGCGUCACGCCGCAAGCAAAUGGCUACUUUGAGAACGUGUGGGCCUGGGUCGGCGACCACGACAACGAUCAGACCAUUGUGAACCAGCCUGACUCGAGUGCUACUCAAAUCUCCGUCUUUGCCGCGCGUGGCAUGCUCAUUGAGUCGCAGGGUCCUUCGUGGUUCUACGGCGGCGGCUCGGAGCACUCUGUCCUCUACAAUUACCUCCUCAGCGGCGCCAAGAGCGUCUUCAUGGGCCACAUCCAGACGGAGUCGCCGUACUACCAGCCCAACCCCCGGCCGCCGGACCCCUUCCGCGCCGGCGCGCGCUUCCCUAAUGACCCAGACUUUAGCGACUGCGAGUUGGCGGCCGCCGUGGAGGAAGACCGGUGCAACUACGCGUGGGGUAUGCUCGUGAUUGACUCGACCGACGUCAUGGUGCACUCAGCCGGCCUCUACAGCUUCUUCAAUGAGUACUACCAGGACUGUAUCGCCAGCCACAACUGCCAGACGCGCAUCCUCGAGGUCAAGGGCUCGACGGGUGUUGUCAUCUUCAACCUCUUCACCGUCGCCACCGUCAACAUUGCGAGCGGCAUUGACGGGACCAAGGUUCUACAGAAGGAUAACCAGCGGGGCUUCACCACCGAGGUCAGCGUUUGGGUGCCGCUCCCCGGGUCCGACACAGUCGACAUUAUCUGGAUCGACACUAAAGUUUGGGAAACCCCGACAGUCACCUGCUCGGCUCCGUCGUGCAUGUUCAUCAUUCCGACAACGCGACUGGGGUCCACGACGACAAUUCAUCCCAACAACUACACGACCUCGUUCGAAUACGGAGGCUUCGGGCCGACCACCAUCGGCGGCUCCACGACGACCGUCUUUAUCACGUCAACUACGACCGUCGUCAUCGAGGUUCCGGGUAUCACCACUGACGGCAUUGGUUACUCAAACGUCAAUGUGACAUCGGGCUCCAUGCCCAUCACUGUCCGCCCUAGUGUCCCCAUACCGCCCAUGGGCGUGACUCUGCCGGACGGGAAGGGUGGCACGACGGUUCGAACCGUGCCACUUCCACCCUGGCCGCGAAUUGACGGUGGUCCCACUGUCCCGUACACCGAUCCGGCGACUCUCCCGCCUCCCUCCGGCGGCGUCGGACCCGGCUCCAGCACCACCUACUACACGCCCGUCAAGACCCGCAUCACAGUACCCAGUGCUACGGUGACCACGGUGACGUUCCCGGCCUCUACUGGAGCCGUCACCAUUAAUUGUCCCGCCGAGACGUCCAUCGCCUUUGCUACGCCUCUAGUCGUUGUCGCUACCACGUGCACGGGUUCGUCCGCCCAUACGCUGAAGUUUACCUGCCCGACCACCCGCGUCCUUACAUUCCUUGGGCCCGCCACGGUCGAAGCCACGGUCGAUUGCUCUCUAGUCACGUCUUGGACGACUGGUUCCAGCUCCACCACGACGCCGCUUCCCGUCUACACAAACUGGCCGCCCGUCAUGCAGAUCAUCCCCAAGGACAGGAAGAUUGACAAGCCAGAACCCGACGACCGCGGCGUCCAUGUACCCUGCGCCGCGUGGUUCUUCUUCCUUUGCAUCACUUGGGGCAAGGUCAAGGUGCUGUCCUGGUACUGGAUCCUGCCACCGGGCAUCUACGGCCCCGGCCCGCCGCCCAUCAAAAACAUCCUGCUCCCGCCUGGCAUCACCAUCAAAGGCAAGCUGCCACCCUGGCCACGCCUGACCAUCGGCCCAGACCACCAAUUAACGACCGAGAAGGAGCCCAAGUGUGAAACUAAGACGGCUGAGGCCUGCACCUGGACUACGUACAUCACUGGUGGCGAGACCAAAUCCUCAACAUCAGCGUGCGAGACCAUCACCGGCUGCUCCAUCAGCAUAACUGAAUCGUCCACCGAGGUCAUCGGCAAGCAGACUAUUGCGCCCGUCGGUACCUGGAUUGCAGAACACUGGCCGACCACGACCCUGGGGGCCGCAUACACCAACUCCGUCUACGCCACCCUGAUGGCGCGCAUGGCGCGCGAUGAAGCUGAAGGCGAAGGCACCACCCUCGACGUCACGCCAGGGCCGGCUGCCGGCCCCACGUGCCCCGGCACGAGCAGCGCCUGCGGCGGCACCGUCUGCAGCGGCUACUGGUGCACAGCGUCUCCCACAGGACCCCCACCGGCGUACCAGGAUCCCAAUGACCCCAACUCGGGCGGCUACAUGGCGCCGACCAAGACCAUCGGCACAAGCGAACCUCCCUCUGGCACGGGCAAUCCCCCGUCCGACACGCCCACGACGCCGCUGAAGCGUGGGCCCAUCAACUGCUACAAGGAGAGCGACUUUCCCGGCCACGCCGAUCUCCAUUCCGGCUCCCAAGAUGCCGGCGCGAAGCAGUUUAGCGGGCAGCUCUCAAGCGACAAGAUGCUCAUCGGGCCGGGCGACCCGCCUGUCAAGUAUCGCUACACGGACAAGCGCGGCGUCAACUACGACUACUCGUGUACCUGGGUGAGCGGCUGCAAGACCAGCGUGGACAAGCAAAACUUUCAGUUUCCCGACGGCAACAAUACGAGCCAACUCACUGCUUACGUGCUCGUUAGAGAGGACUAUACAAAGUGUAAGUGGGCUCUCUCUCUCUCUCCUCGUAUUACACUGGGGGGGAAUGAGGGGGCCAGGGAGGUUUAUCAUAUGUAG